AUGGCCUCAGUUGUUGUUGACGAUGACGAUGUCGCAGUCUUUACAGAUGCUUUUACUCGCAAAAUCACAAACUCGGUGGCCACACUAGCCAAAGCAGAGUUCAAGUCUAUCCAUGAGCGACUCACCGAUGCCCAGAGAUCAACAGCUAGUGAGCGACAACGCCGUGUUGCAGCAGAGCGAGAUGUCCAGCAGUUACGAGCUGAACUCUCUGUCUAUAAAGCGUUGUUAGAAGGUCGGGAGGUCAGAUUAAAUCAAGCUGACAAGGAAAUACGAGACUUGCGAUCGCAAUUAACCGCCGUUGACGAAACCCGUCGCCAACUUCAGGAGAGCGUAAACCAGCUUUUCUCUGGCACACACAAGGUCGUACCCCAAGAGCAACAGAACCAGGAUGAGGCGUCUCAAUUGAGUAGCUCUCCCCACGAGUCCUCCAAACUGUUGACGAUAAAUGUCCUAGACGAUCAACUUGAACAUGAACGUCCACCUCUCAGUAGUUCACCGCCACCCACCAAAAGGCCACGAUUAGAAGGCCAUACACAAAAGGUCCAAUCGCCUUCGCCAAAGACAGAAAAUGCGACAACCAUACCCCAAGGCCAACCGGCCCAACCCAAAUCAGCGGCGCCCAGCUUCGACUCCCCCGCCCGUGGUCCACUGGCAACACCUUCAUCUGAGCCCAUAUCAGAACCGGUAUCGGAACAAGUAAUCCAAGAUGCGAAUAUGAUUGAAAACAAACCGAGGACAGCGUCUUUGACCCGUGAGGAGGUAUAUGCGAAGUUUUCUCGUCGUCAAAAAAACUUCAUGGAGCUCAUGCCCCACUCCCGUCAUCGACUCAAUUUAUCUGCAGAAGAAAGUUUCGGCGAUUUUUUUUCGAUUGGGCCAGAUCUUUUUCUCGCAACUUCUCGAUCAGACUGUGAACGACCUAUAACUCAGCUUCACGCCCUGCAGCUAUCCACAUUCAAGACGAUGGACUACAAACCUCAAACUAUUAAUCUUGGGGAAUCAAUGCUCGAUUUUGCGGUACAAAUAGCCCAAUACGACCUGUUGCUCGUGCUUAAUCGAAAUCUCUCUAAGGAUCCUGAAUGCCAGUUCCAAGUGCAAUGUUGGACUUACACAUCAGGCCAAAAAGGUCACGCCCUCGCAACCCACGAUACAUUCUUCGUUCAACUGCCGUCGGAUGAACUUGCUCCUAUCUCGGGUGCUAUCUCUCUGUUUGUUUGUGAUAAUAUUCUUGCCAUCUCGUUUUAUUAUCAAGACCGCAACGAUUUUGGGUUGACGCUGUACGACUGGAAGCUUGGAACUCAUCUUUGUGGUCCUGGCCGCAUUGGAGGCCCAAAAGUCACUUUCAUUAGCUCAAAACAGCUCAUGACAUUCAAUGCCGAUCUGGGCAGUUUAGACAUUAUCUGGCUUCCAAACUCAGAUUCUGACAAUGGCAGUUGGCCAGCCGACUUGAACAACCUUGUCAAAGUCUCGUUCAAACUCCCCGAACUUCGCGCGGGGUAUGCUAUUGUACCGGAAAGUGUUCAAAUGAAUGCGCAGCCGACCAGUUCGGCACCGCUCUCUGUUCCUCCCCAUUGCUAUUUCGUGCCCAUGCUUACAGAAGGCUUGAUCCUCGUCCUAAUGGAAAUCGGACCGAUUGACAAGGCUGUCGAUGCGCCGCUUUUUGCUCUUGUCAUCUCGCGCCGACUCCUGCGCCAGUUCCGACUUGCACAUCACUCAUCCGCUAAGAGUGUAGCAUGGGCCAACUGGGGUCAUAAAUGUUCCCGCUGGCUCGAUCCUCAGCGCUCGAGUGGAUGCGUCGAGUGGAGUGUAAUGGGAGAGCGCGUAGUUCUGCUUGAUAAAGACGCCGGCGACAAAAGGGACCGUCACUCGUCACUCCGCAUCCUAGACUUCAACGUUCGCAACAUCGACAAGGCUAGACAAAUCUCCGCCAACCACGACCGCAUCUGGAUAGAGCCCCCUCUUACCAGCAGCCUGAAACCCGGCUCUGAUUCCUCCAACACCAAACACUCGAGCCGAAAUGGCGGCUCAGCACGUCCAGAGCCUUCUUCGCUGCCGUUUUCAGUGCCCAUAUUGUCUGACCUGGGAUUUGUCCGGACAUUGUCUGAGGACAAGUACCGGUUCGACCAAGUGCUGAUGACGGAAGAUAGUGUCGUCGGUAUUCGUUGGAAGCAUUGGGACAACAAGACACGAAACAACAGCCCAUAUCUGGACAUAUUUCGAUUUGAACCUUGA